GUCUCUUUUUUCUUUUAAAAAGAGUAAACUGUGAUUUCUUAACAAGCCAAAGAAUCCAUUUCCCUUGCCAAGAGAAAAAAAAAACGUCAGAACUCACAAGUUACAACAAACCCGAGUAGUCCUAACCCCUCACCUCACUUCUUUCCGUUAUCAUCCAAACAAGCCCCAAUCACACUGAACCUUGAGAGAAAAUGGUGGUGGUGAUAGAGCAGCAAGAGAAUGAGGAUCGAAACGCAAAUCCCUCCAAUACUGCUGGUAACGAUGCUUCCGACGGUUUUGAAACGGCCAGCGACACCGACCUGGGCAGCGAAACCGGAGGUGAUGACGUUGGCGCUAGCAGCCAUGAUCAACAGCUCGAACAACAGCAACAUCAACAACAGCAGCCGAAGCCAGAGCAUUCGGAGCCGGAACCUGAACAGAGUGUUUCUCCAAGUAAUAGUUUCUCUAGAGAUCCCUUGAUCAAUGAGGAAUUGGAGAAGAAAGCAUUGGUUCAAGCAAAUGAGGCAAAGGCAGAAGGGAAUAAGCUUUUUGUGGAUGGGAAGUAUGAGGAAGCAUUAUCCCAGUAUGAACUUGCUCUACAAGUUGCACCUGACAUGCCUUCAUCUGUUGAAAUACUCUCAAUAUGUCAUGCAAACCGUGCUGUGUGCUUUCAGAAACUGGGAAAAUAUGACAACACAGUUAAAGAAUGCACAAAAGCAUUAGAUCUGAAUCCAGUGUAUAUUAAAGCUUUAGUAAGAAGAGGAGAAGCUCAUGAAAAGCUUGAACAUUUUGAAGAAGCCAUUGCUGAUAUGAAAAAGAUCUUAGAAAUUGAUCCCUCAAAUGAUCAAGCUAGGAAGGCCAUCAGGCGACUUGAGCCGCUUGCUGCAGAAAAGCGGGAAAUGAUGAAGGAAGAGAUGAUUGCAAAACUAAAAGAAAUGGGAAAUUCUGUCUUGGGCCGGUUUGGGAUGAGUGUCGAUAACUUCAAAGCAGUUAAAGAUCCAAACACUGGUUCCUAUUCUAUCUCAUUCCAGCGUUAAGCCUGGCAGAGCAAUGUCAUAAUAGCAUAUUUAAGUAAGAAAGAUGCAGUCCAUAAUGAUGCAGGUUUGAGGCCUCAUUGUGCAUGCAAGGCAUUAGGAAAAGUUGAAUGUUCUUAAAGGAGUUUAGAUCAUCUAAAGUGAAAGUUUGUAAAGUGGAAAAAAUGAAAGGAUAAUCAUUUUCAAUGGAAGUUAUUGAUGGAAGGGUGAUUAUGACUAACUUCUUACUUACUUUCACACCCUUACAAAAAAUAAGAGCAUGUGAUGAUUGCUUUUGGUUCAUCCUUAAAGGACAUUGAUAAUGAAUAAAUCCGGGAUAACUAAUUGUGAUUUUUAAUCUGUAUUCAAAUUUCAAAACACAUGAAGAUUGUUACCUCUAGUAAAAUUGAACACAUCAUGUGAUUCUUGUUACAUCA